AUGCUCGUUUCCUCCCCUUCAGAUUCACUCCGAGGAAACGGGUCUGGUUUGCGCUCAGAUGACCCGCCUCCGUGAACAGUAGCGACACAGACACACGCACACGCUGCCUGCUCUGCGCUAAUUCUCUCUGGAGACGCAAUGAAGGACAUACUGCCGCUGCUGGUUCUGCUGACGCUCCAUACUAACAAGGUUCACCCGCUCCCCUAUCAACCAGACUCUUAUGGAAUUUGCCGCAACCAUACGACAGAGUACUUUGUUGAAUCUGCUAACUCGUGCUGCAAGAAGUGCCCCCCUGGGCAUCGACUGCAACAAGAGUGCGAUCGUGCCACUGACAGCCAGUGUGUACCAUGCGGACAAAGGCAGUACAUGGAGAACUGGAACUUCUACCAAAACUGUUUUUCCUGCACCCAGUGCAAAGAAAGAAAAGGUCUGGAGUAUGCCCAGGUGUGCACCCCGACCACAGACUCCAAGUGUGUUUGCAAAGCAGGAAUGUUUUGUGAGAUGGAGUUUGAUGACCCUUAUUGCACACAUUGUGUGCCUUAUUCAGUUUGCAAACGUGGUUACAGGGUUUCUGUGAAAGGCACAGGAAACUCUGAUGUGAAGUGCGAAAAGUGUCCCACCGAUCCCUGUGAGCCUCGUACUACUACAGUUAUGACCACAGUUCCAGUCAUGACCACAGUUCCAGAUAUGACCACAGUUACUGUAAGCUCAAACUUCACGACGCCUCGUGCCCCAGAAGAGUCCACUCACACUGCCGGGGCUUCCUCCAUCCUGGGAACUAAAACCUCUAAAGGAGGUCAACCUAUCAGUGAAAUUGUUCCUGUCAUUGCCGGCGUCGCUGGAUCCCUUUUGUUUUUUAUCGUCGUCGUCGUCCUCCUGCUGAUCCUUUGCAAACGAAAGCGGGCCAAAGAUUCUAGAAACAUCCCACCUAAAUUAGAUGCAAAUGGAAACCGUGAGACUGCAGAAAAUCAGAACGGUCACAGCAACUCUGGAGAUUCUCGGAUGAUUUCAUUAACACUUACCUCACCGGAGCAGGAGUGUCUGCUGGGGAAGGGGGACGUCGCCAGUGACCAAAGUCUGAGCAGCUGCGAUACCGAAACUUCAACCAAGGCGGAUGGUUUCAGCAGCCACGAGUCCCUCAGGCCUCUACAACCUACUUUAGGCCGUGACAAUCUAAGCUGUGUCCUAUCGGAGCCCAUGGCCUUACAGUCCAUCACGGAUCCUCACGCUGCUCUACCCAGCGUCAACGCGCAGAGCUCCUCUCAGCCCACAAGCCCGCUGAUACUGAGCCCCGUAACGAACAAUCCCCACGUUAACGUCAACAUCACUUUACACAUAGGAAACGGUUCCUGUGGGACGCCGCCUUUUCACCCGACAGACUUCAACCACGUCGCGGAUAAACUUCCCUUUGGACAGGAAGAGGAGUCUGUCAGCUCUCCUCAACAAGAAGCAGGCAAACUGUCGUUUAUGUCAGUCCAGGAGAGUCCCAGUUAUUACGUAUGAAACUCCUGUGCCAUCUGAACAUUUCUUCUUCUACAUUUUUUCUGAAAACUGUGUAACUGUAAAAAGUUUUGACAAACAAAUGCACUCCAAAAACCAAAUGCUUUGUUUUGAAUUUAGCUGUCACUUUAUGUUUAUGUGUAUAUAUUGUAAACUACAUGAAUGUUUUAAUACUUUUUUUUUUUUUUU